AUGGCAGUUACCGACAUAUUGUCAGUUGUUGUUGGACCUAUUACUGAAUUGGUCAAGUCUCUGAUCCCUCCCUGUUGGCGCCAUCUUGGUUAUCUUGUUCACUACAAGAGAAACAUUAAUGAGCUUCGAGAGCAAAUGGAUAAACUUGAAAAACUGAGAACAGAUGUUGGGCGAUCUAUGGAUGUCGCUCGAGGACGAGGACAAGUGAUCAAAGAAAUGGUAAGAAGUUGGUUAGAUAGAGUUGAUGCCAGACAGAGAGAAGUAAGAAGUUGGUUAGAUGGAGUUGAUGCCGCCACAGUACUACUACUUCAAGAGAACAAGGGAUGUUGCUUCCAAUGGGACUGUGGCUGUGCUCAUUAUCGUGUGGGCAAAGAAACAAAAAGGACGACCACCGAUGUAGUCAUUAAUCUCCUAAAGGAAGCUGGCCAAUUUGAUGGCUCUGUGUCAAUUCCUCCUCCACCUCCUCCUGGCAUAGAAUCCAUGCCGUCAAUGCUUGAUUUCCAAGCUUUUGAGCCCACCAAGUUGGCGAUGAAGCAAAUUAUGGAGGCAUUGGGGGACAAGAAGCUCAACUUCAUCGGAGUUUAUGGAAUGGGCGGGGUCGAUAAGACGACCUUGAUGAAUGAAUUGGCAAAGAAACUGAUAAACAAAUGGUUCUUUGAUCGGGUUGUGAUGGUCACCGUGUCUCGAAACGUUAUUUUGAAGAAGAUUCAAGAUGAUAUUGUGGAGAACUUGGGGUUCAAAUUCGAGGAAGCGAAUGAAUCAAAGAGCAAGACGUUUAUUGGCGAGAAUUGA